GACAUCCGCCUUAGUCAAGGGCAUUGAAAACUGCGGCUUAUUAAACUUAGCAGCGGCUGAGAUAGCACGUGCACUUGUAAUAAACGUAGUUUUUGAGCAGAAGUCCGGUAGAAAUGGACGGGUUUGGUUCGGAUUUCUCAGCAGGAAGUUCUGGUGGCAAAAUGGACGCCGGUACCAUCAUGGAACAGGUUAAGGUCCAAAUCGCGGUGGCUAACGCACAAGAGCUUCUACAGAGAAUGACAGAUAAAUGCUUCAAGAAGUGCAUAGGUAAACCAGGGAGCUCACUGGACAACUCAGAGCAGAAAUGUAUUGCCAUGUGUAUGGACAGAUAUAUGGACGCCUGGAACACCGUGUCCCGAACAUACAACUCAAGGUUGCAGAGGGAAAGAGCUCGCAUGUGACCUGUCUGUAAUUUUCUUCUUCCUUUUAUCGAACCGCUGCUGAGAAUAAGGACCAGCACAGUGCACCGCUGGAGGCCCUGAACUGUGAAACCAUGUGUGUCUAACAGCAGCAGCACAUCAGAUCUGUCAUGAAACCUCAGACAGACAAGCAGGCGGACGAGGCCUGUGGACUCCAAGCUAUAACAGUGUGUCUGUAGACAUUUUUUCCUUAUAACUCAUCACCAAUAAAGUCUGAUUAUUUUUAUGUUGUACGUCCAGUAACUCAUCUUCUGCGUGUCAUUUUUAAGGUGCAGCUGAUAUAUUGCCCCAAUUUUUAAAUGUGUUAAGCUAGUUAAAAACGCUUCAUCUACUCCGUCAUGUUUCUGACAAUGAACUGAGGUUAAUAUGUUUGUCUGCCCCAGCUGUAACCAGAUCUGUUAGUUGUACAACUGGACGUCUCAAGGGUAACUCAUCUAGUUCCUGCAUUUGGCAUUUUCUUUUUUCCUGUGAAAAUUCUGCCUAUAAUCUUUAAAACUUAGAAAAAAAAAACCUAAUUUAGUUUAAUUUUAAAAGCCUCACAUCUCCAUUUUAUCUGCCUGCUCCUGUUGGACCAUCAGGUGCUCAAAUACUCUUGAAUAUUUGUGUGAAAUGUCAGCAAACAGUCUUAAUGGACUUGUUUGUCAAAUCAAUUUGUUUUCUGUUGUCUAU